AUGAAUCAUAAUGAUCAUUCUCAUAUGAAUGGAAGAGGAUAUGUUCAAACAAUUGAUAUGCUGACAUCAGGUCAAUUCGAAGGAUUGAGUUGUUCGAUUCACGAGAAUUAUAGUGGUCCUUCCGAUCUCGAUAGUUUCGAUCUCUACGAUAUCACCUCUGGAAAUAUUAUAUCAUGUGAUCCAAAUCAGCCAACCGCUUACGAACCAUCUAUUCGUUGGGAUGACAAUAGUAAUAAUAGUGCAAACAGUAGUAAUAGCAACAACGAUGACAAUACAUCAAACAAUGUUAUCAUUGACAAUACCAAACAACAACAACAACAACAACAACAGCUUUUACAAAAUCCAAACAAUAUAAUUUCACCACGUUUAAUUACAAUUAAUAAUAUAGAUCAAGUCAUACCAACAUCUACAAUUUCAAAUCCAAAUAAUAAUAAUAAUGUUAAUAAUAAUGUAAUAUUAUCACCAGUACUACAACCACCACUACCAAAUAAUAAUAAUAAUAAUAAUACAAUGUUAAAUAGUAUAAAAUCACCUAUAUUAGUUGAAUGUAAAGAUAUGGAUCCAAUAUCAAAGGUUGGUCAACUUCAACCCUAUGUAAUCGAAACCUUUCCAAUUCAAAGUGGAAAAUUCUAUCGUGUGAUUAUUGACUCUAGCUUCUGGGCAAAGGUUAGCGAGGAGAUGGGAUUCUACGAUAUGAACGAAGGCAAUUGGUCUACCUCACCAUCGGGUUGUCACCAAGAGCGUACACUCAACUUUAAAACACCGAUCUCUUUCAAGAUCGGUCCAAAAGUAGCUAGUGUCACACAGGUACAAAAGAUUAGACGAACUUCGACCGGUGGCUACUUUAUGGAGACCAGCUCGGUGUCUCGUGAUGUGCCAUACGGCGACAGCUUCUCCGUUGAGAACUACAUCUCGCUCGAGCCGGCCGCCGCCAACAAAGAUCACUGUCAACUCAAGGUGUCCACGGCCGUCAAAUUCAUCAAAUCGAUCUGGGGUAUCGGUGGACUCAUCGAGAAAUCCGUUAUCCAAUCCAACAAGGAUUUCUUUGUCGUUUGGACCAAAAUGGCCAGAUCCACACUCGAGAAAUCCGCCAAUUCAUCAUCACAACCUCCAGCCGAACUCAACAGUAGCAUCAACUUCUUGACACCAACAAAUCAAUCACCAAAUAACUCCACACCAACAACACCUACUUCUCCAGUCAAACAACAACAAGUAGUAGUUCAACAACAACAACAACAACAAACUGUACCAAACAAACAAUUACCACCGACUCCACCACCAAAACAACAAGUACAACAACAUCAACAACAACAACAACAAGAUCCAAAUGAAAAUAAUAAUAUUAAUAAUUAUGAACAUAUUAAAAAACUGUUUUUCCAAUUGUUUAGAGAAACACAACAUCCGAGAACCGUAAAGAUUAUCUCACACAAGACUAAGCAACAUAUUGCAAAUAUCACUAUACAUGUACACUAUACGGUGGGACAUGUUGUACAAUACCUUAUUCCACAAGCAAUACCAGAGUUGAUAAACAAUCAGAAUUUCGAUUUCUUUUGGUAUGACAAGAUGAACGAGCCAAGCUUAUUCUUUGCCAAAGAUAUGGAUCUACCAAUUCUAAACUAUCUUCAAAGUUCAGAUUCACUUUGUAUCGGUACAAUCACCCAGCAAGUUGCAAACAAAAAAUCACUAUCCUUUGAAAUCGUACAACAAGGUAAAAGAGCUGUAAUUAAAAAUAAUAACCAACAACAAAAUGGUUUAUCAUUUCAUUUAUCACGUAAUCGUGUGGAAGAUGAAUUCCAAAUAUUACCAUCGAAUUCAUUGUUGCAAUCGGUGCAGACUCUAAAGAGUGAGGCAGAGUCACAAAAGAUCGACAAGAUCCUUCGUAAUCGAUACCUCUACAUCUUCCUCAAUGGUAUGAUCGGUAUUGCACUGAUGAUCGUCGAACUUCAAGUAUCUUGGACUGGCAAAGAGUUGGUGAUCGAUGAAUCCUCAAAAGUAUUUAGAGGUUUAAUAUUUGCAUUAACAAUCAUUUUAAGUAAGAUCUUACAACAUUAUAUAAUAAUAAUAAAAUUGUUACUCUCGAAUGUUACUCAUGGUUGGCUUACAAAGAGAGCGAGAGGAUUCAGAGUGACACCUUUGAAUGUACUAAGAUCUACUACGAUGGCACCGUUGUUCUGGGCGGAAGUACUGAUUUGUAUGAUCAUGCCCGUGCCAUUUGCUAGUGGCCCUAUUCGGACUUGGUCCGAUCCCAAGUGGGGACUUUUCAUGUGGCUGCGUAUCUAUAUGUUCAUUCGUGUGUACAGAGAUUUCAGUCAUGUCUAUAAACUGCGUCAUAGCAUCCAAGCCAAGUAUCGACAGAAGAACGAAGUUCCACCAAAGUUCAACUGGUCGCUCAGCUUGAAGACACUGCUCUAUCAGCGACCACUCACCACAUUCAUUCCAUUCACAAUCUUUAUCAUCUUUAUCUGCUCGCACAUCAUCUAUGUCUUUGAGCGUGAGGAUCUCGACCAACCAAAGCCAUUCACCUAUCCAGUUUCCCUCUACAUUUCAUUCCUCUCGAUGUUUACCGGUUGGCCAACCGAUUCCUUCGAUGAAUACAAUCCAGCAACAUUCUUUGGUAGAUUUGGAUCAAUUAUGUCAUCUGUUUUGGGUCUUUUCACUUUGGCUUGUUUGAUUGAACAAUUCUCGAAUUUGACACAUCCAACUGCUCAUCAAAAACCAAUUUUGAAUUAUAUCUAUUUGUUGGAGGUACAAGAGAAGGAACGUAAUUCUGCAGCGAGAUUGAUACAGGUCGUAUGGAAGAGAUAUCGUUGGCAGAAUGAAAACAGUUUUGCAGAGAGUCGAUCGGUGUUCAACUCACAGGAAGCAUACUUCUCGAUGAAGUACAUCGAAUCUGUAAAGAACUUUGGUCGAGACCGUCGUUACCGUAAGCAAAUUCAAACGCUGAUUGCAUCGGAGAAGACUGACGAUGGUGACUCUGACGGAAAGCCCGACAUCAAAGAGCAACUCCUCGAAAAGAUCGAGGAGGAGAGAUCCGCUCGUAUGGUUGUAGAAGAGAAAAUCCAACGAAUGGAAGAGCACCAAAUAUUUAUCAUCAAUCAACUACAAGCUAUCCUUCAGCAACAACAACAAGGUAACAACAAUAAUAAUAUUGGAACACCAAUACAAAGAUUACCAACUCCUCCCCCACAAAUUAAUAUCGAUAAUAAUAACACAAAUAACAAUAAUAACAACAACAAUAAUAAUAAUAAUAACUAUAGUUUAUAA